AUGUCGAUGGGGAUUUAAAAAGCGAUCAAUAGUAUAAUUAACCAUAAAAAUAGAUUGUAGGUAUCCGCCAUUGGUAAAGUAUAUUUACAUCAAUAUAAAUUUAUAAAAUGGAGAAAAUAAACGCAGAACCAAUUGUCAGAUCUCUACAAGGCGGCAAAAUUUCCUAUACUUUGUUUGAAAACAGAUCCUCAUGUGUAGCGAGUAUGUACUGGCAUAAUUUUGAAGGACAAAAAAUAAAAUACGCUGAUGUUAAACCUAAAGAAACAUACAGUAUGAAAACAUACGAGGAACAUCCAUGGUCGGCCCAAGACCCAGCGACAGGAAAUAUCCUUUUGAUUGAUAACAAUUCUGUGUUCUAUCCUCGGCACAGUCCAACGACACAUGAGAGAGUUUUUAUCGAUAAUCCAACAGACAAAGAAAAAGAUACAGAUCUAGAAGACAACAAUAAAGGAAUCGAGUCAUUUGGAGAAGCAAAAGGUUGUCCAGCAUGGGUUCGAAGGAAACUAACAAACUGAUUACAGAACUUUGUGAUAUCAUGCUAUUUGCAUGGAAACGUCAAGCACAGAAUCUUUCUCUCUCGAAGUAAACGUUUAAUACUCAAGUCUGACAGUCAGAGGUGUUUACGUGUUGCCUCGAACUACUGGAGGAAAACUGAGAUUUGCAUUUACAUUUUCGUUUUUUUUUUAUCAAAUAUAUACGUGAUGUUCCUAUCUUUUGAAAAACAAGAAUCUCAUGCUUUUAUCGUAUCGUAUGUGGCAAUAUUUUAUGUUAUUAUUAUUUCGUUUAAGAAAAAUACAAUAAAAAAUUCUUCUCAGGAAA